UGGUCCAGCUUUCUCUAAUCUAUUUUUUACCGUUUCAUUAUUAUUAUUAUGAUUAUUAAAUUAAUAUAUGUUAUUUAUGCAAUAUGUAAAAAAUAAUUCUAUUUAAAGCAUAGAUAACAAUCUGGCUAUGGUUACAAUCAAAUUUAAAAAUUAAUAUUUAUCAUUUACUCUCUCUCUCUCUGUCUCUCUCUGUCUCUCCUACUUUCACCACGCUUCUCUAUGCUAUGAAAGGUUGAAUAUUGACAAUAGUUUUGAUAGCUAUAUAAUUAGGAUUGAUAUUUAAUCGAUUCAACAGUAAUUUAUAGAUAUUAUUUAUUGGAUAUAGAUGAAAAUAUAUUAAAAAAUUAAGAGAUAACUAUAAUUAUUAUUUAGUAGGUUUUGACACUUUACAAAUGUGAAGAAAUGAAAGUAAAAGAAAUAGUCAAUUUGUUGUUAUAUACAUAUCUUUGUUAAGCAAUAUUAAAGAAGUUUUGAUAAGAAAAAUAAUGAAAUAAAUAAGUUGACAAGCUAAUUUCUUUCUUGAACUUUUGGAAUAAGAGUUUUUUUUUAGAGGAACGACCCUUAGCAGCAGCAUAGCAUAAUGAUUAUUAAAUUAACUUCAUCCAUAAUUCUAAUUUCUUAGUUAUACUUAAAACUGUAGAAUUUGUUAUAAUAAUUGUCAACAUAUAAAUCCAUAUAAAUCCAAUUAGGCACAGAUGGAGCAAAUAUAAAAACGUAUAAGGAAUGCUAAUCAUUGUCAUUGCUUCUUAUUUAAGGAAAUUUCUUAAAGGAGAAGACUUGCUCUGUAUUUUAAUAAAUAAGUUUUUUAUCGCUCUAUCUAUAUCUAAAAGUAUAAUAAUUAAAUAUUUCGUAAGGUACUACAAAUUUAAAGAUUUCUUUCUCACUUUCGUAAUACUUUAAUAAAAGUCUACAUGAAACAUUCACAUAUCUCCCACAGCAUAUCUGACAGGUAAAUACAAUAAUAGAAAUGAGUAUAUGAAGAUGUAUAAAUAUCAAUUUAAAUAUUUACUUAAUAAAUAUAAAAAAUAAACCUAAACGUAGCCGAAAUAUUUAGGCUAUUAACAUUUUCAGUCGUUACCUAUGACGUAAGAGAGAGGUUGACAUCUUCUUUCCUUCAUGUAAAAGUUUCUUUUAAUUUGGUUGCAUUUUCUUUUAAAUAAGAACCAUAACUACUGUCGUUUCGCCUGAAAUUUGUUACCGGGAUACGUCAAUGUACUAUAAUCUAGAUGGCGCUGCGCUUUAUUAAAUAACCUUUUUUUUUUGGCUAUUUCAAUAUCAGUUUUCUGAUAGCGAAUUGCUUCAUUUUAUCAUGAAUCCGGGCGUUAUCGUUGCUAUCGUUGUAGCAAGCAUACUUGCUUUAAUUCUAAUUUUCUUGAUUAGUAUAAUUUUAUACGCAAGUAAAUUGAAUAAGCUUGGAAAUAGAAAAUUCUGCGAAAGUUCAAGGCAGUUGAAUGGCAUAACAGCAAUUAUCACAGGAGGAAAUAAUGGAAUAGGCAAAGAAACGGCUUUGGACUUUGCUCAACGAGGCGCGAAGGUUAUCUUGGCUUGUAGAAACCUUGCAAACGCGGAAACGGUAAAGCAAGAGCUAAUAAAACUAUCAGAAAAUGAUGAUAUCCGAGUGGUCAAAUUAGAUUUAUCUGAUUUAAAAAGUGUUCGAGAAUGCGCUCGAGAAAUUCUUAGUACUGAAGAUCACUUAGACAUUAUUGUUAAUAAUGCUGGUGCCGCUUUUGGACCAUCUAUUACUAAGGAUAAAUUUCAUUAUAUAUUUGGAAUAAAUUAUGUUGGUCACUUUUUACUUAACUAUCUACUACUAGAAUUGAUUGUUAAAUCAAAUUAUGGCAGAAUAGUUUCAGUAUCAUCAAUGAUGUAUAGCAGAGCUAAAACUUUAGAUUUUACUCCUCGGGAUCAAUCCGAUAUAAGAUAUCCAUUCCUAAAAACUUACGAAACCAGUAAAUUGGCUAUGAUAUUACAUAUGAGACACUUAUCAAGACUGCUAAGAGAGUACAGGAUUAACACGUACUCCCUACAUCCAGGAAUGGUUGACACUGGUAUCUUUCAAGGUAUGGAAGACAAUCAUAAUGCGUUGCUAGUUGCAAUUUUCGAAUGCGUCAAGAGAUUUACAGCAAUCGAUUGUAAAACUGGAGCUCAAACUCAAAUUCAUUGCGCAGUCGACGAAGAAGCUGGCAACGAAACUGGUCUUUAUUACGAUAAUUGUGAGGUAACAGAAUUACAGACAACAAUAUCAAAAGAUGAAAAUAUGGCUAGGAAGUUAUGGGAGGAAAGUUGUAGAAUGGUUUCAGUUGGACUCUUACCCCCUUGCUUACAGACUUUCUCUUAA